AUGGACGCGGCAUCAAGUCCGACAUCCUCUUCCAACCCCCCUCCCGCGACAAGAGCCCAGAGAGGAGCUAUCGCAACCCAAGCCUGUGAGACGUGUCGAUCAAGGAAACAGAAAUGCGACGAGCAACGACCCAAGUGUGGCUUAUGCCAGCGGAUAAAGUUAGAAUGCAGGUACAGAGACCCGCAACCUACAAAGAAAGACAAGACACUCGUUGAAAUUCUCGACCGUCUAAAAAAUAUAGAAGGCAAAGUCGAUCGAAUUCCUCUUAGAGCCCCUGUGCAUCAAGGCUUCGGCCCACCACAGACAUCCCCUUCCAGCCAGCCAUCUUUCGGUAACGAAACUACCGAGUCAACCUCUACGAACCGACCACCCUUUCAACAUAAUACUCUACUUAGUGAUGGAGACCGGCAAUAUAAAUAUGCCUCUGCGGCUCAUAAAAUGCUUACAUGGCCGGCCAUUUCCCAACUCCUGUUACAGACUGUACCGUCGACUGUCGGGGACUUGAAUAGUCUUCGAAAUGAGGGUUCUGCAUUCAUAGUUCGGAUGCAGAAAGGCACUCCCAACUUACCACUGGAUGAAAAUCUCUCUGACAGACCCUUCGUCGGUAUGCAAAGUCAAGCAACCAGGGUAGCAGGGGGUGUGAGGACUACCUUUCCUGAUUUGACUCGAGACACGAUGUUUCGGUUAGCAACUGCUUACUUCGAUUCCUUCAAUCUUAUAUAUCCAUUUAUGGACAGGCAAAACUUUCUUUCGGAUACUUUAUCAAAAGUGCAAUCAGAAGGCUUUGAUGGUGAUACGGAUUCGGUCGUUGCGCUCCUGGUCUUCGCGCUUGGCGAUUUGGCUCUAGAAGGGUCUCAAGGAAAGCCUAUCGAACAACAUGGUACCCGCGCCAGUGGUGUCAGGGGUGGGACGGAGACAAGGCCGCCCGGUCUCGCAUUGUUCAACGAAGCAAGAAAGCGUAUGGGUUUUAUACUAACCGACUGCAACCUUGAAAAUGUUCAAGUGUUCUCCUUAGCAGCACUAUAUUACGAGUGUUGCUCUCGCCAUUUGGAAUUCUGGAGAUUGACAGUCUCAGCCUCAUCAGCUUGUCAAGUCAUGAUCACUUGUAGCAAUACAACAGACUGGAGUUCUUCUAAAGGAGAUCUCAUCAAACGUGCGUAUUGGCAUUGCGCAUUGAUGGAGACGAAUUUACAUGUCGAGCUUGAUUUACCGCUUUCGGGGAUUCUCAACUUGGAACAGAAAGUGGGUCUGCCAGCAUUCAUGCAGCCCUUUUGUGAAGCAGAUGACCGUGCAAACAAGACUUCGAAUUUCGAGUCGCAUUAUAGUUCACUGUUAGCGCUCACCCGGGUUUGUGCAAAUCUUCAUGUUGAUAUGAAUAAAACAAUCUCCACGGACAGUAGUACCGAUACACCAUCGACAUCCAGGGACAGCCCUCUGUCCAGUUCACUGAAGCAGCUAACUUCAGAGCUUGCACAAUGGCGAGGCAAUCUCCCCGAAAACCUUCAAUGGGCAGAAGACAGACCGGCAGCCUUCCCAUCCCCUCAGGCGAACAUCAUAGGUUAUAACCAAGCGAUCGACCCGGAAUUAUCACUCGAGAAACAUUAUUCGCAGCAACUUCUCUUUUCUACGAACCUGGAUGAGGAGCCAAAAGAAUACCCAUAUUCCUUUGACAUCCAAGUAGCUUUGCUGCGGACAAGAUAUUAUUAUGCAAAAUACAUGGCUUACCGACCUUGCGUCUACAAAGUAUUGCAUUUCCCCGAACAGGUGACCCAAGACGAUGCAGAGGGGUCGUGUCUAAAAUGGCCUUUAACCAUGUCGCCCGUCUCGCGCCGAAAAAGGCUUAUACCUUACCUGUUCAGCUGGUCUCAAAACUUUCUCGGCAUCCUUUUAAUCUUCCACAUGACACGCCACAACCGGAUUCUCCAAAACAUACGUGCCAACAUGUGCGGGCCCACCUUUGAAGCCGAUGCGAAUAUCUCGAUAGCUCUGAUGCUGGAUUGGAUCCGUGAUUUGAAGAGCGUUGAUCCCAUUGCAUCGUGGUGCUGGAAAAUUUUGCAGGGGGUAUACCCUAUUGAGGAGUAA